CCUACUCGCUCUCUCGUAUACUUGGAGUUGUUUUCUCUUCUUCUGAGAAAGAAAUCUUGAAUUUGGAUCCCUAUGCAUCCAGAGAUGCUCUGAAGAAUGACAGCAAGCUUGUAGGAUAGCUACUGCAACAUGAUGGCUGAAGACAAGAAGCCUAUUGUUAGAAACUUUCCUGUUGGUGUUACCACCUUACUUCUAACAAUAAGUCAGUUUUCGCCUGAGAGUGUGUUUAGCGUAGACUGGUCAGAAAAAAAGCUCACUUGGCUUCCGGGAGAUCUAUCACCCCAAACCAAAGUCUUAAAUGUGUCGCACAACAACAUAUCUGACCUUCAGGUCUCUGACAUCAGCUUCCUGUCAGAGCUGGAAAUUUUGAUACUUUCGCAUAAUAGAAUCCAACAACUUGAUCUGAGUGUUUUCCGGUUCAAUCAAGAUUUAGAAUACUUGGAUUUAUCUCACAAUCAGUUGUGGAAGCUCUCCUGCCACCCUCUUGUGAGUCUCAAGCAUUUAGACCUCUCAUACAAUGACUUUGAUGCUCUGCCCAUCUGUAAGGAAUUUGGCAGCUUGAUGCAGCUGGUAUUAAGUGUUACAAAGUUAGAGCAAUCAGAUCUCCUACCCAUUGCCAAUGACCUGCAUCUGAACUCCCUCCUUGUGUAUUUAGAGGGGUACUAUGCGAAAACAAAUGAAACAGAAAGUCUCCAAAUUCCGAAUACAAAGAAACUCCAUUUUAUUUUUCAUCCAAAUAGUUUAUUCUCUAUCCGAAUGAAUAUAUCAGUUAACAUUUUAGCGCUCUUAGAACUGACUAACAUUAAAUUAAAUGAUGAGAACUGCCAUGUGUUAAUGAACUUUUUAUCAGAACUCACCAGGGGUCCACACUUAGUAAAUAUGACCAUGAAUCGCGUAGAAACAACUUGGAAAUGUUUGGUUACACUGUUUCAAUUCCUUUGGCCCAAACCUGUGGAAUAUCUAAAUAUUUACAGUUUAACAGUCAUUGAAGACAUUAGUGAGGAAUAUUUUAAAUAUUCUAAAACUGCAUUGACAGCGUUGACAAUAGAACAUUUUCGAUAUAGAGACGUGCUUUUUUCCCAGAAUGCACUGUAUUCCGUGUUCUCGGAGAUGAACAUUAUGAUGUUAACCCUGACAGAUACAACUUUUAUACACAUGCUGUGUCCUCAGAAACCCAGCAAGUUUACCCUCUUGAAUUUCACCCAGAAUGUCUUCACAGACAGUAUUUUUGAAAAUUGUUCCACGUUGUCUCGAUUGGAGACACUUAUCUUACAAAAGAAUGGAUUAAAAGACCUUUUCAAGAUAGGUCUCAUGACUCAGCAUAUGCUGUCUUUGGAAAUGCUGGAUGUUAGCCGGAAUUCUUUGGAGUUGCAUAGACACGAGGGAAAUUGCGCUUGGGCUGAGAGCAUAGUAGUGCUAGAUUUGUCUUCAAAUAUGCUUACUGAUUCUGUUUUCAGAUGCUUACCUCCGAAGGUCACAGUACUUGACCUUCACAAUAACAGAAUAAAGAGCAUUCCUAAAGAUGCCACCAGCCUGGACGCUUUGGAAGAACUGAAUGUUGCUUUCAAUUCCUUAACUGACCUUCCUGGCUGUGGCAGACUUAGCAGCCUUUCUGUACUGAUCAUUACCAACAAUGCCAUUUCCCAGCCGUCAGCGAAGUUCUUCUCCAGUUGCCAGAGGAUGAGGUCAGUGAAAGCAGGGAACAAUCCAUUCCAAUGUUCCUGUGAGCUAAGAGACUUUAUCAAAGGUAUCAGUCACAUGUCAAGUGAUGUGGUCGAGGACUGGCCUGAGUCUUAUAAGUGUGACUACCCAGAAAGCUACAAGAAAACCGCGCUACAGGACUUCCACGCGUCUGAGUUAGCCUGCAACACAACUCUGCUGAUUGUCACCAUUGGCAUCAGCAUGCUGGUGCUGGCUGCUCUUGUGACCUUUGUCUGCGUCUGCUUCGAUCUGCCCUGGUACCUCCGGAUGGUGUGUCAGUGGACCCAGACCCGGUACAGGGCUCGGAACAUCCCUUUAGAAGAACUCCAGAGAAAUGUCCAGUUCCACGCGUUUAUUUCAUACAGUGGGCAUGAUUCGGCCUGGGUGAAGAAUGAACUACUGCCAAACCUAGAGAGAGAAGGCUUGCGGAUCUGUCUCCACGAGAGAGACUUCGUGGCUGGCAAAAGCAUCGUGGAAAACAUCAUAAACUGCACUGAGCAGAGUUACAAGUCCGUUUUCGUUUUGUCUCCCAACUUUGUCCAGAGUGAGUGGUGCCACUAUGAGCUCUACUUCGCCCACCACAAACUCUUCCAUGAAGGAUCUCAUAACCUAAUCCUGAUCUUGCUGGACUCCAUCCCACAGAACAGCAUUCCUAGCAAAUAUCACAAUUUGAAGGCUCUCAUGGCAAAGAGGACUUACUUGGAAUGGCCCAAGGAGAAGAGCAAGCAUGGGCUUUUCUGGGCUAACGUUAGAGCUGCUUUUAAUACAAAGUUAACACUCCAACUCCCAAAUGACACUCAAGGCCAUUGAGUUGAUUCUGACUCAUAGCAACUCGAUUGGGCAAAGUAGAACUGCCCUUGUGACUU